UGCCUGCCUCAUUCUAACAAACAAACCCCAUAGAUAGCCAUCUUCUUGCGCCCCAACAUGGCAGAUUUUGGCAGACCAGGCCCCCCCAACCACGAGGCCACAUGGGCAACACAAGGUGACCACUGUGGCUACGCAUUGGAAACAGGUAUUCCUUCACAUAUCUUCACAUCAACCUCCUCUCCUCCUGGCUUGGUGACAAGACAGAGAACAAAAUGGUUGGCAAAGUUAUUAGAGACAGUUGGAAGGAUAACCUGUCCUUCCCAUUUAAGGACACUGCCACCCUUUUGCAAGCCACAGGGGAAAAGAAAACACACACACACAACAAAGAUCCUGGCAUCUCUCCAGUAAUCCUCCUCCUGCUGCCUCAGCUCCUCUUCUGUAAUCCCCUCCUUUCCUAUGCUUAUCUAUGAGAAGGAAGAUGGCUGGGUGUCAGAGGCUUCUUCAAUGUUCUCCUCCUCAGGUUGAGGGUAUUCAAGGAGGGAGCACAAACAAGAAGAGAGCAAGAGCAAUGUCUUCUUUAAUGUUGCAUUGAUGAGGGGUCCAGAAGAGAAGCAUAAAUAAAGAAGGAAGCUAGCCAUAUAUUCUUCCCAGCCAGUGUUCCUAGUAUCCAUUCUCUCUCAAACUCAAAGCUCCCUCCUCCAACUAUCUCACCUUCCUUCUAUUCUAUUCUAUUCCCUCUGGCUUAGCUUGUUUUUAUCAGUUCUUACCUUUCUUGAUUCUCCUCUCCUCUCCUCUGCCAUGGAGUCAUCCCAUAUCACUGGGGAUGAUGGCGAGGGCUGCAACAGCAGCGAGUCCGGGUGGACAAUGUACCUUGCCUCUCCCAUGCACGGCGACGAUGACGGCGGCGGCAAAAGGAGCGGCAGCGAAGGAAGCAAUGUUGAUGAUGGCUAUGGCUACAUCAGCGGUCGGGGAAGCCGCAAGGAGUAUGAAGACGACGGCGAUGGCGACGACGACGAUUCCCUCGCCUCCGAUGCUUCAACCGGUCCGGCCAAAGUGAAGGUGCCUUCCGCACCGGACGGCGAUGACGCCGGCGGCCGUCGGAAGCACGACGGCGACGAAGACGGCGGCGGCAAGGGGGAGGAGGAGGAGGAAGAAGAUCAUGGCUUGCACACCAAAUUCUCGAUGAGCUCCGGCAAGAAAGCCGGCAAGACGGAGAAAGGAGGAGAAGGGAAGUCCUCCAAGAAAGGCCAGAACAAGAGAGGAAGCUCAUCAAGAACAAGAUUCUUUUGGUAAUGGCUUUCUAAAAUGCAUUAGAAUCGCUGUACUAGGAAUCUCUCUUUUCAGUUUCUUGGUAAGAUUGAAUCCUUGCUAGGAGUAUGCAUGCAUGGAGAAAGGAAGGCUUUUUUUGGAUCCUUGUUUUUGCCUUCCAUAGAGCUUCUCCCAUGGUUGACCACCCAGUAGUAGGUUAACUGUUGCCGCCAUGUAAAUCUACUGUAACCUUCGGUUAUUCUUCAAUGCCCUGCCUUUAAUGUCGCUUGCAGAGCU